AUGGAACUUCCCCUGCUGUGUGCACUGGUGGUGUUUGCUGGUGUGGUUCCAGCCCAGAGCGGGAUCCUGAACCUCAACAAGAUGAUCAAGCACAUGACCGGGAAGAUUCCCUUCUUCUCCUACUGGCCCUACGGCUGUUACUGUGGACUUGGCGGCAAAGGCCAACCCAAGGACGCCUCGGACUGGUGCUGCAAGGUCCAUGACUGCUGCUAUGCCCACCUGAGGCACCAUCAGUGCCGCAUUCACUGGGACCAUUACAAGUACAACAUUUCCGAGGGGAACAUCCAGUGCUCCACCAAGGGGAGCUGGUGUCAGCAGCAGCUGUGCGCCUGCGACAAGGAGGUGGCCCUCUGCCUGAAGCGUAACCUGGACACCUACCAGAAGCGCUGGCGUUACUACUGGCGGCCCCACUGCAAGGGCCCCAGCCCGGAGUGCUAA